CGGCGCUCUGGAUCACGUGACCGAUGUCAAUAAGGAAGUGUUCCGGUACGUUUAAAAACAAGGCGCCAGCAGUUAAUCAAUAAAGAAAAUAAUCCGGGAUGCCCGGUUCGGAUCAGGUUCGGUUCGGUCGGAAACGCGCCCUGCCGUCCUGUCCUAACCCGCUUUUCCUCCAGUGGCUCACAGAGCUCCGGGACGAGGCGAAGGAGAAAGGCCUGAAGAUCCAGUACACCUACCAGAAGGCUAUCAAUUCUCUGAAUAAAUAUCCACUUCCACUAAAAAACGCAAAAGAGGCAAAAAUCCUUCAAAACUUUGGAGACGGAAUCUGCAAAAUACUGGAUGACAAACUGCAGCGAUAUUACAGAGAAAACGGUUCCAACGCUUCAAUUCACUGCUUGCCCAAAGGGGCGCCCCCUCCUGGUCAUAAAGACAACAACAACAGUCUGGGUCCUAGGAAGGUGGAUAAAACGAGGAAUGAUGCAGGUGGUGAAGAGAAGGACAGAGGAGGAGGUGGAGGGACAAAGAAGAAAAAGAGGGAGUAUGUACCCCAGAAGAGGUCUGGAGGAUACGCUGUUCUACUCAGUCUUUACAGAGAGUCACAGAUACCGGGCAGUAAAGGCUACAUGUUUAAGAUGGAGCUACAGUCAGAAGCUCAGCCUCUCUGUGACAAAUCUUUCACAGUGCCCGAUCUUGGCAGCAAGUACACCGCCUGGUCCUCAGUCAGCACUCUGAUCCAGAAAAACCUGCUGAUAAAGACUCACAAUCCUGCCAGAUAUUCUCUGACUGGUGAGGGUCUCGCUUUGGCCGAGCGACUGGAAUCGGUGGAAAAGGAAACGAGAAACCUCCCAGGGAAAGACGGGAGUGAAGGAGAUGGACUAGAGGACGAAAAGGAAGAAGGGGUGGUUGAUCUUACUGAGAGUGGUGAUGACGAAGAGGAGGAGAAAGCUGACAGCCUUUCAAAAAGAGCUACCAGUGUCAUUCAGUCAAGGAGUGAAGCAGGGGGGAAUUCUUUACCAGAAAAACCACAAAAUACCCUGAAAACGAGCCGAAAGCCAAAUGGAGAAUGUCUUCUACCUGGAACCUAUGAUAUCAUCUUGUGUGUUGACUUCAUCGAGACCACUGGCGGCAGCCACCACCGUAAGCAGGAGCUCGUCAAAGAGCUACAAAGGAACGGAGUCAACUUCGAUGUAAGGAAACUGAAUGUUGGAGACUUCCUGUGGGUGGCUCGGGAAAAGGUCACACCAGUUCCAGGUCAGCUGCGAGCUCCUGCAGGCAGAGAGCUUGUCCUCGACUAUAUAAUUGAGAGGAAGAGGAUGGACGACCUGUGUGGGAGCAUCAUCGACGGACGCUUCAGGGAACAGAAGUUUCGACUGAAGCGGUGUGGUCUUCAUAGGCCCAUCUACUUGGUAGAGGGCAGCAGCUCGUCCGCUGCUCACCUUAGUUUACCUGAAAUGACUCUACAGCAGGCCAUCAUCAAUACACAGGUGGUCGACGGCUUCUUUGUAAAAAGGGUCCAGGAUGUUCGGGAGUCUGCCGCCUACCUCACAGUCAUGACCCGUUACCUGACCAAACUGUAUCAGAACCGAACGCUGAUCUGUCGCUCCAGAGAGCUGGAGGGGGAUGUAACAAGUGAUGAAGAGGAGAGAGGGAUCCCUUCCCGCUCUCUUAUUUCUUUUGCAGAGUUCAACCAUGGUGCUGUCAAGAACAAGUGUCAGACGGUGAGAGAAGUGUUUGCAAGGCAGCUGAUGCAAAUUAGUGGUUUAUCCGGUGACAAAGCAGCUGCUAUACUGGGGCAGUACAGCACUCCGUACAGUCUGCUGGCAGCCUAUGAGAGGUGUGGAAGUGAAGCAGAGAAAGAGAAACUCCUCUCCUGCAUUCGAUACGGGAAGCUGAAAAGAAAUUUGGGUCCAGCUCUUAGCAGAACGGUUUAUCAACUAUAUUGUACUCCAGGAGCCCUUACAUGAUCUCACUGACAAAUCAUUUUACCUACAUAGAUUCCUGAUUUGUCUCAGAUAUGCCUGUCAUCCUGCAGCAGCAGGUAAUGUUUUGCCUCAUGUGUUUACAUUAAAUCACUAAUUUUAAACAUGCUGCUCUGUUUUAAAAAGUGUAAAACAUUCAUUUUGUGAACUUGUAUGAAGAAUUUCAGAUUUGUUUUCUGGUAUUGUCACCAAUAAAGUUUAUUUUGUUGCA